UUGGAUCGCCGAAGAGCGGCGGCGGGACCAGCCGGGAGGGCGGGUCGGGAGGAGGGGAGAGAGGACAGAAAGAGAGGGAAGGAAGGAAGGGGAAGCCUCCCGUUUUGGAGGGGGAAGCCUCCCGUCUUUCCCCAUCCCUGCCUCCCCACUCCCCCUCCAUGGUCGGUCCUUGCCUCCCUCGGCCUAGCCGGUCUUCGGGGAGCGGGCAGGGGAGGCCCCGGUGCUGAAGGCUGCGGGAGGAAGAGGAGGAGACGGGGGUCAAGAGGAGGAGGAGGCCCAUUCGGGGUGGGGGAGACCGGCGGGUACCCCGCAGUGGCCUGUCCCCCUUCCCCAUCUUGGGACAGGAAGGGUCCCCAUCAUCCUCCAACCCUCCUCUUCCUCCCCCUCCAUCCCCCCGCAGCCUCCCCUCCCAGGAUCUCUCGCCCCCAUCCAGCUGGCACCCCUUCGUCCCCCUGCCAGGAGGAGAUCGGGCCCCUCGCCGCACCCCGGCACUGAGGAUGACCCCCACACCCUGCCAGGGGGAGGCCUCGUCCAAGCCUGGGAUCUAGACACAGGGGGGAGGGAAGGGGGAGGGAAAACCACCACCCUCCCCCAUGGUGGCACUUCACAACCACUAGUAGAAGUCCAGCACAGUCGAGCGUGGGGGGGAAAGGUGGGGUUUUCGGGUCUCCCGCCCCCCUCUCUCACACACACCCCCCUCGGGGCACCCAAAAGUGAAUUAAAAUGUCCACCAGGACCCCUUUACCAACGGUGAAUGAACGAGACACCGAAAACCACACGUCUCACGGAGAUGGGCGACAAGAAGUUACUUCUCGAACUGGGCGCUCUGGUGCUCGCUGUAGAAACUCCAUAGCCUCCUGUGCAGAUGAGCAACCCCAUAUUGGAAACUACAGACUUCUGAAAACUAUUGGCAAGGGGAAUUUUGCAAAAGUCAAACUGGCAAGGCACAUCCUUACCGGCAGAGAGGUUGCAAUAAAAAUAAUUGACAAAACACAGCUGAAUCCAACCAGUCUACAGAAGCUCUUCAGAGAAGUAAGAAUAAUGAAGAUUUUAAACCAUCCAAAUAUAGUUAAGUUAUUUGAAGUAAUUGAAACCGAAAAAACACUGUACUUAAUCAUGGAAUAUGCAAGUGGAGGUGAGGUAUUUGACUAUUUGGUUGCACAUGGAAGAAUGAAGGAAAAGGAAGCCCGAGCUAAAUUUAGACAGAUAGUAUCUGCAGUGCAGUAUUGCCACCAAAAGCAUAUUGUUCACAGGGAUCUCAAAGCUGAAAAUCUAUUGCUUGAUGCCGAUAUGAACAUUAAAAUAGCAGACUUUGGUUUUAGCAACGAAUUUACAGUUGGCAAUAAACUGGACACAUUUUGUGGCAGUCCUCCUUAUGCAGCUCCAGAACUCUUCCAGGGCAAGAAAUAUGAUGGACCUGAAGUUGAUGUUUGGAGCCUAGGUGUCAUUCUGUACACUCUCGUGAGUGGAUCUCUUCCUUUUGAUGGACAGAACCUAAAGGAACUGAGAGAGAGAGUAUUAAGAGGAAAAUACAGAAUUCCUUUCUACAUGUCCACGGACUGUGAAAACCUCCUCAAACGUUUUCUGGUGCUAAAUCCAACUAAAAGAGGCACUCUCGAGCAAAUCAUGAAGGACAGGUGGAUCAAUGCUGGCCAUGAAGACGAUGAGCUUAAACCAUUCGUUGAACCAGAACUAGAUAUCUCGGACCAGAAAAGAAUAGAUAUUAUGGUGGGAAUGGGGUAUUCACAAGAAGAAAUUCAAGAAUCUCUUAGUAAAAUGAAAUAUGAUGAAAUCACAGCUACGUAUUUGUUGUUGGGGAGGAAAUCUUCUGAGCUGGAUGCCAGUGAUUCCAGUUCCAGCAGCAAUCUUUCCCUUGCAAAGGUUAGGCCAAGCAGUGAUCUCAAUAAUAGCACUGGACAAUCUCCCCAUCAUAAAGUGCAGAGAAGCAUAUCUUCAAGCCAAAAGCAGCGACGGUACAGUGACCACGCUGGACCAUCAAUUCCUCCAGUCAUGGCAUAUCCAAAAAGGAGCCAGACCAGUACCGCAGAUACUGAUCUUAAAGAAGAAGGAAUUCAAUCCAGGAAAUCAGGCAGCAGUGCUGUUGGGGGACGGGGAGUGGCUCCAGCCAGCCCCAUGCUGGGAAGUGCAAACAAUCCUAAUAAGGCAGAUAUUCCUGAACGGAAGAAGAGUUCCACAGUCCCUAGUAAUAAUACAACAUCUGGAGGAAUGACGCGGCGAAAUACGUACGUCUGUAGCGAAAGAACCACCGCGGAUCGGCAUUCCGUUAUUCAAAAUGGCAAGGAAAACAGCACUAUUCCCGAUCAGAGAACGCCCGUCGCUUCGACCCACAGCAUCAGCAGCGCCGCCACCCCGGAUCGCAUCCGCUUUCCGAGAGGGACGGCCAGUCGCAGCACUUUCCAUGGCCAGCCCCGGGAGCGGCGCACAGCCACUUACAACGGCCCGCCGGCAUCACCCAGCCUGUCCCAUGAAGCCACGCCACUUUCCCAGACCCGAAGCAGGGGCUCCACUAACCUCUUUAGUAAAUUAACGUCCAAACUCACCCGCAGAAACAUGUCUUUCAGGUUUAUCAAAAGGCUCCCGACUGAAUAUGAGCGGAACGGGAGAUCUGAGGGUUCAAGUCGCAACGUGGCAGCCGACCAGAAGGACGAAAACAAGGAAGCCAAGCCCCGUUCCCUCCGGUUUACCUGGAGCAUGAAAACCACCAGCUCCAUGGACCCCAAUGACAUGAUGAGAGAGAUCCGCAAGGUCCUGGACGCCAAUAACUGUGACUACGAACAGCGAGAGCGUUUUUUGCUCUUCUGCGUCCACGGGGACGGACACGCGGAAAACCUGGUCCAGUGGGAAAUGGAGGUGUGUAAGCUGCCAAGAUUGUCUCUGAACGGCGUCCGCUUCAAGCGCAUAUCGGGAACGUCCAUAGCUUUUAAAGACGUCGCUUCCAAAAUCGCCAACGAGCUAAAGCUGUAACCCAGGAACUCUGUCCUAAAUUAAGUAGCAAGUGAAAGCGUUCUCCAGAAUGCUAAUGGAAAUGUAUAGAGUAAUAUUUAGGCAAUAACUUCUGCGUCUUCUGAAUCAUGAUAUUAAAAAUCAAUUAUGGAGAUGAGCUGCUCAGCUGGGAGGGAGAGUUGGACUUUUUUUAUAAGUGCACUACAGCAUUAAAGUUGCCUACUACGUCAAAUAUCUACCCCUUCUGCUUUAUUUCCAUUGAGCUAGGAGCCUCUUACCCACAUCUGUCCAUCAAAAUAUGCCCCCAGUCUGCGUGGAUGUGAGAGUGUACAGUAUGUGUGUAUAGUAUAAACGUUUAAAGUACUAUGUAUGUAAACAAUUCCUGACACCAACAUCCAGAGCUGUAUCAGUACCUCCUUCGGAGAUCAUUUUGGUGCUAAAAGUGGAAAGAGCCAAGGAGGAAGCGUUCAAGCUAAUACUAAAAAUCGACUUUAGGAAUAGUUACACAGAAAGUACGGGUUUACAGUUCACUACUGUGGGAUUUUUUGUUAUUUUUGUUUUUUUGUUUUUUAAGUGCAAAGGGUUUGAAUUUACAGUUGUGAACAUUGAUCCUGUGUUGGUUUUUUUUGUUUUUGUUUUUAUUUCCCCCUAAGUAGAUCUCAUGAGAAAAUUAAAAGUUCUCCUCUCCUCAGUAAAGUCUUGAA